CAGAAAAGUAGGAGGAUCCUGCAGCUAGUAGACUGCAUGAGUGCUGUCCAGCCUUGCACUAUAGUUCACUGAGGAGUACUCCAUGUUCUUGUGUUUUUUUUUUGGUAGGCUGAGUUAAUGUGAGCAAACAUUAAACAUGCAUGACGUGUUGUUGUUAGAGCAUUAAGUCAUGUUCAGGCUUGCACUUUAAACUUUACACCUGCACUAGUUUGCAGCUUUAUAAUCGCGUUGUUUUAUGGCUGGUUGUCAUGUCGCAGUGACUAGAGCCACUGCCGGUUUCGAUAGCAGAUAUAAAACAGCAUGUGACGGGACUCAGACCAUGGAGGCACCUGAAGUACACGCGGAGGAGACCAAACACACUGUUGUUGUUGAGAACUGUUUCUCCAGGAGCUUCUCGGCUCUGACUGUGGACGAUGUGUACGAGAUAGCCAAGCUGAUCGGCACCGAGGUGGAGAGACUCAUCGACGGCUGCGGCAAAGAGAGCGUGGUGGGUCUGGUGCCGAAGAUAGUGAAAGUGUUGGAGCUGCUGGAGAGCUUCGCGUCGAGGAACCACGCUCACAAUCUGAGAGAAGAGGAGCUACUCAAGACCUUUGAGACCAUACAGCUACAGAAGAAGAGAGGUGUGAAGGAGAGCGAUGAGGGCAGCGAUAAACAAGACAUACGGCAGGAGCUGCAGCAGAAGGAGCAGCAGUGGGGAAGGCGGUGUGAGGAGCUGCAGGUCCAGGUUCAGCAGCUGCAGGAGGACAAGGAGGAGCUGCAGAGCAGCCUGAAGGGCAGCCAUGCACAGGAAGAUCGUGUCCAGCGGCAGGAGCGAGAGGUGAUGCUGAAGCUGAAGGAGGUGGUGGACAAGCAGAGAGAUGAGCUGAGGGCAAAAGUCCAGGAGAUAACCACCAUCUCCAAAGAGGCGGAGGCGCUCCAGGAGCAGUUGGAGCGCUUCAUGAAGAUGAACGCGGAGCUGCGACACAAGCAGAACGUGCUGCAGACCCAGCUGAAGAGCACCGUGGAGAGGAAGGCCGACAUGGAGACCGACCUGAAGGAGAAAACCAAAGAGAUAGAAAACCUCCAAACGCAGCUGGACAGAACCAACAGCAACGGCCCUUCCAGUCUGAGCAAAACAGCUCGCGAGUCUAAGAAAAAGUCGGCAGUCGAUCCGAAGGAUCCCGACCGGCCGUGCUUCACCAAGAAGGAGGUGCGGGAAAUCAUUUUUGAGAGGAACGAGCUCAAAACCAACCUCUUCCUGGUGCAGGAGGAGCUCAACUACUAUCAGAGGGAGAUUCUGAACGAGGAGAGGUGUCCCGGUUUCCUGUUAGAAGCCGUCCGCUCUGCAAUCAGAAAAAAGAGAAAGGUCAUUAAGGCGAAGAUGCUCGGCAUUCCUGUGAACCAAUGCGACAGCAGUGACGAGGAGGAGAGGAGUUCUCUGUUUGGGCAGACAGAAGUAGACGGCACUGAAGUCGACGGCACUGACAAACCAGCCGAGUCACGCAUUCGGAACCUCUUUGGCUUCCUGACGCGGUCGGGCAGCGGACGGAGCCCCACCCACAUGAGCAACUCCGCCUCCACCUGGGAGAUCAUCGGAGACUCAGAGGCCACCGAUGAGACGGGGUAGCGACCGUCCCCCCUGAGCCCAGUACCGACCACAGAGUUCAUGACACGACUUCUUCCUCAGCUUGUAACUGACAUUUGAACGCAGCCCCAGUGUGUAGAACACAGAAGCACUAUGUGAGCGAAAGGAAAAAGAAACAAACUUUUUGUGCUUCAUUUUGAUCAUAAGUACUUUUAUUUCCCCUUUUGUUCAUUUCACUCUUGCCUCCUUAUUUUUCCAUGGAAGUCAAGUGAUAAAUAAGUACAUAUAGUAUGUAUAAUAGUACUAUUUGGUACGGUGUAUCGCAGUAUUAAGAGGGAUACUUUUUACCUCACCACAAAAAAGAUACUUUUGUAUGAUUAAUACGACAAUCAUGUUAACCUUCACUUCAUUAAGGAAAGUGAAAAGUAGGUUAUUAUACAGAGAUAUUUAUAUAGAUCCUCACGUAUUUUUAACAAAAACCAAAGACAUUACAAAGGUGUAUAUUCUGCCCUCCAGUAAUAAUGAGUUUAUUAAGUGCACCUCUGUUCCACAAGAGGGAGUUGGUUCAUUUAAUAACUAACAAUCAAGAUUUUACCACAAAUGUAGUUUGUAACUUUUACCUCAGUAGGGGAAUUUUUAAGCCAUGUGUUUACUCGUGUAUUUUUCAUGAUUUGAAGCACUUUUACCAGUCAUAUUACCAGACAUAUUACCAGUCUCUUCCAGCAGUGAGUGCUUUUUAAAACCCCGUAAGCCUUAAUUUACCGCUUGUAUUGUUAAAAAUAUAUUUUAUUAAUUUUCAGUCAUUGCACAGAGUCAAAGCCUUUGUGUGUGUUUGAUGCUGGUGCCAUAAAUGUGCAUAUGUGUGUGUAUGCACAUGUGUUCUGGCUGGUGUACCAGCCUCUACAGAUUGGUUAUUUUACUUUGAAAGGAAGCCAUGAGCUUCCUUGUGGGAAUGAGAAAUGGCACGUUGUUGUUUUUUAGUUCCCAACACUGUUAACUGACAAGUUACCAUAAAGUAACCACAUUCACUCUGUUCCCUCUAAAUGUCUGACCAUAACACUACUCAGACAACGACAGACCAGUGGGGUGUUUGUUGAGAGACAAUGUGUGACCUUCCAAUCAGACCAUGUUUUCCUAAAAUACUCUUUAUUUUUGUAAGCAUGUUUUUGCAGACAAAAUAGAUUCAAGAUGUCAAUUACCAUGUGAGUGAAUUUUAUUGAUGAAAUGUGAUAAAAACAAUUCAAAAUGUGGAUUUUCUGUGAUAUUGAGAUUUCAAGAUUCAAUAAAAUCCAUUAAACAAAC